AUGUCUUUUCUCAAGCAUCUCCCGUUGCCUAGAUGGCACAACAGCACACCUGGCGACGACAACGGCUACGGUAUGAGUCGUGUGGCCGCCAUCAAACGAUCUUUCAGUGCUUUGGACAGGCUCAUGUCUCGUUUCUCGAACUGGUUAAUCGAUUGGACACCAGUCACCCUUGUUGUAACCUAUUACAUCGUUUCCACCGCCAUCUACGUCUUUUGCUCUUACCAGCAGAUUACGGUCUUCUAUUUCUUCUAUAUGUGUACCAAUUUCUACAUCGCAAUGACCUGUGUCGUUGAAGCAUUCUUAGCAAUGACACCGAUUCGUGAAGCUAGAAAGGAGGCUUUCAGAAUUGAGGGCAACGGUCGAAGGUUUCCUACACCAGACGAGGAGCUGCCAAUGCUUGAUCUCAUCAUUGUCGCAUAUCUUCCUAACGAAAAAGACAUUGUCAAAGAUCAGCUGCAUUAUGCUCUGGAUGAGCUGGUGUAUCCGAGGAACAGGAUACGAGUGAACCUUCUAUACAAUAGUCCGAUGCCGAUAGAACCACUCGAGACCGAGCUUCAUGCGAUGACCAAACAGUACCACGUACUUAGAGUCGUUAAAGUUCCCAAUUCAAAGUCGAAGGCAGACAAUCUGAAUCACUUUCUCACGCUUAAUACCAACGCGGAAAUCAUUUCAAUCUUCGACUGCGAUCAUUUUCCACAUCCUCACAAUCCGAGAUGGGCGGCGGAACGGUUUGUAGCGGAUCCUACAGUUGACAUUGUUCAAGGUAGAUGUGUGGUCUACAACACCGAUGAAUCUUUCUAUGCUAAGAUGAUCGCGAUCGAGUUCGACAAGAUCUAUGCUACUUCGCAUCCAGGCAGGAGUAGAAUGUACGGCUUUGGUCUCUUCUGUGGCUCCAAUGGUUACUGGCGAGCAGGAGUCUUACGCCAGAUCAAGAUGGACGGAUCCAUGUUGACCGAGGACAUUGACUCAGGUCUCCGCGCUUACGCCCAAAACAAAAAAGCGGUGCAUGAUCUCAACGUUAUCUCUUAUGAGAUGGCACCCAAUCACUUCGCCGCGUUCUGGAACCAGAGACUGAGGUGGGCUCAGGGGUGGACGCAAGCCAGCUAUCGGCACAUGCCACUUGUGUGGAAUCAACCGCCAAGUGGAAGGCGAGGUCUUGACCAACGAUUUGGGGUUCUGUCACUGCUGCUCAUCCGAGAAAUCAGCUAUUAUCUUGUCACGCAGCAUACAUGCUUGAUCAUCAGCUUCAUCAUCACUCACUUCCCCAAAUCGUCUAGCCAACUGGUAGACCUUAUCUUCUUCCAGUAUCCGAUGGCUACAUGGUUUCUAUUCAGCACGUGA